ACCUGCCAGCUGCCACCAGGAGAGUACUAAGCCGCAUUAACUGGGACUGGGAGUAACAGUAACAGCUACCGGCCGGCCCCCUCUACCUCAACCAACCUGUCUCGCCCGCGCCACGAGCGACCCCGCGGCCAGACGUCCAUGGCGGCCUGCGGCGCCGCGUCUGACGUCUCCCUUCCUUGAACCCCUGCUCAGCUCGUCGUCGUCGCUUCCCCCACCCCCACCCAUCCCUCGCUCGUCUUCUUUGUCUCAUCCUUGCCGCUCCAUCGCCAAUGUCGUCGUCCCUACUCCAUCGCCACAGCGCGUGCACGUACGUACGCGUACUCGUGUAGCGGCAGCGUACAUACAAAAGAUCCCAUCACUCCUUGCUUCUGCUUGCUCCGAUCCAUCCACAGUCCACACCAAAACCGGUAGUGCUACCAUACUGCCGUCGUGCCCAUGUCCGAGUCCAGCAGGGCGUUCCACCUCGACGCGCCGUCCUCCUCCUCGUCGUCGUCGUCCACCGCCGCCGCUGCCGGCGACCGUCAUCAUCACCAUGGGAAGUCCGCCGCCUCGGCCUCCACCACGGGCGGCGGCAGCGUGCCGUUCCACAGGCUGUUCGCGUUCGCGGACGCCGCCGACGCCGCGCUCAUGUCCCUGGGCACGCUCGGCGCGCUCGCCAACGGCGCCGCGAUGCCGCUCAUGACGGUCCUCUUCGCCCGCCUCAUCGACGCCUUCGGCGGCGCCGCCGACACGCGCGACGUCGUCGCCCGGGUCUCCAACGUCUCGCUCCAGUUCAUCUACCUCGCCGUCGCAUCCGCCGUCGCCUCCUUCGUCCAGGUGGCGAGCUGGAUGAUCACCGGCGAGCGGCAGGCGGCGCGGAUCCGGGGGCUGUACCUGGGUGCCAUCCUGCGGCAGGAGGUGGCGUUCUUCGACCAGCGGGCCACCACGGGGGAGGUGGUGGGGCGGAUGUCGGGGGACACGGUGCUCAUCCAGGACGCCAUGGGCGAGAAAGUCGGCAAGUGCAUCCAGCUGCUCGUCGCCUUCGCGGGCGGCUUCGCCGUCGCCUUCGCGCAGGGCUGGCUCCUCGCGCUCGUCAUGCUCGCCACCAUCCCGCCGCUCGUGCUCGCCGGCGCGCUCAUGUCCAGCGUCGUCGCCAGGAUGGCUUCCCUCGGACAGGCCGCCUACGCCGACGCCGCCGGCGUCGUCGACCAGACCAUCGGCUCCAUCACGACAGUCGCGUCUUUCACCGGCGAGCAGCGGGCGGUGGAGAAGUACAGCAGCUCGCUCAAGAGGGCGUACAGCUCCGGCGUCUGGGAGGGGCUCGCCGCCGGCGUCGGCAUGGGCAUCGUCAUGGUGCUCCUCUUCUGCGGCUACUCCCUGGGGAUUUGGUACGGCGCCAAGCUCAUCCUGGACAAGGGCUACACCGGCGCACAAGUCAUGAAUGUCAUCUUCGCAGUGCUCACUGGCUCACUAGCUCUGGGCCAAGCAUCUCCGAGCAUGAAAGCAUUCGCGGGAGGGCAGGCUGCGGCAUACAAGAUGUUUGAAACAAUCAACAGGGAGCCUGAGAUUGACGCGUACAGCACGGCAGGUAGGAAGCUGGACGACAUUCAGGGAGACAUUGAGUUCAGGGAUGUUUACUUUUCAUAUCCGACAAGGCCUGAUGAACAGAUCUUCAGUGGUUUCUCCCUUACCAUACAGAGUGGCACAACUGUCGCACUAGUUGGGCAGAGUGGGAGUGGCAAGUCGACGGUUAUCAGCUUGAUUGAGCGGUUCUACGACCCUCAGCUCGGUGAAGUUCUGAUAGACGGUGUUGAUCUAAGGGAGUUCCAGUUGAGGUGGAUCAGAAGUAAAAUCGGUCUUGUUAGCCAAGAACCGGUCCUGUUCACUGCUAGCAUAAGAGACAACAUAGCUUAUGGCAAGUACAAUGCAACCGAUGAGGAAAUCAGAGCUGCAGCUGAGCUUGCUAAUGCCUCCAAAUUCAUAGAUAAAAUGCCCCAGGGUUUCGCUACUUCAGUUGGUGAACAUGGAACACAACUUUCAGGUGGGCAAAAGCAAAGAAUAGCCAUUGCCAGAGCAAUUCUCAAAGAUCCAAGAAUCUUACUAUUAGAUGAAGCAACAAGCGCUCUAGACACUGAAUCUGAAAGGAUUGUACAGGAGGCUCUUGAUAGGGUCAUGACAAACCGUACAACUGUCAUAGUUGCUCACCGUUUGAGCACUGUCAGGAAUGCUGGUACCAUUGCCGUGAUUCAUCGAGGAUCAGUAGUUGAAAAAGGUUCACACCAUGAUCUUAUAAGGGAUCCAGAGGGAGCUUACAGUCAACUGAUACAACUACAGGAAGCGAGCCAUGCUUCUGAGGGUGCAAACUACCAGAACAAGUCAAACAGGAAGGGUGAUUCUGGGAUUCACUUAGGAAAACAAAUGUCGACAAAUCAGUCACCAAGCCAAAGGUCACCACAGAACAAUAGCAGCAACCACUCGUUCUCAGUAUCACAUGGUGUGCCUCUAGAAAUUGACGUCCAAAACAGUUCAUCAAAGAAUAUAGAUGAAGAAAUUCAGCACGAAGUGCCUCUCAGUCGCCUCGCCUCACUUAACAAACCCGAAAUCCCAGUGCUUAUCCUUGGUUCUAUUGCUUCGGCUGUCAGCGGAAUGAUCUUCCCAAUCUUUGCGAUACUUCUAUCAAAUGUGAUAAAAGCAUUUUAUGAGCCGCCACGUAUUCUGAGGAAGGAUGCUGAGUUUUGGUCAUCUAUGUUCUUGGUAUUCGGUGCAGUGUACUUCUUGUCACUUCCUCUUGGCUCAUACCUUUUCUCAGUGGCUGGGUGCAAGUUGAUAAGAAGGAUCAGACUGAUGACAUUUGAGAAGGUUGUCAAUAUGGAGAUCGAAUGGUUCGAUUACCCAGAGAAUUCAAGUGGAGCAAUAGGCGCAAGGCUAUCAGCGGAUGCAGCAAAAGUUCGGGGGCUUGUGGGUGAUGCAUUGCAACUGGUGGUGCAGAACUUGGCAACUUUAGUUGCCGGUCUGGUAAUUGCUUUUGUAUCAAACUGGGAGCUCUCUCUUAUUAUACUGGCUCUGAUACCGCUUAUUGGCCUCAAUGGAUGGAUCCAGAUGAAAUUUAUUCAGGGAUUUAGUGCAGAUGCAAAGUUGAUGUAUGAGGAGGCAAGUCAAGUAGCAACUGAUGCAGUGAGCAGCAUAAGGACAGUGGCAUCAUUUUCAGCUGAAGAAAAGGUGAUGGAUUUGUACAAGAAAAAAUGUGAAGGACCUUUAAGAGCAGGGAUCAGGACAGGAAUAACAAACGGUAUUGGCUUUGGGGUUUCCUUCUUCUUGCUGUUUGGAGUUUAUGCUGCCAGCUUCUAUGCUGGUGCACGGCUUGUAGAGAAUGAUAAAACAACUUUUCCCAAAGUUUUCAGGGUAUUUCUUGCUCUCAGUAUGGCAGCAAUCGGGGUGUCACAUACAAGUACCCUCACAUCAGAUUCUUCCAAAGCAAAAUCAGCCGUAUCUUCUAUAUUUGCCAUCAUGGAUCGAAAAUCAAGGAUAGAUCCAAGCGAUGAUGCUGGGGUAACUCUGGAGCCACUAAGUGGCAACAUUGAAUUUCGGCAUGUGAGAUUCAGAUAUCCAACACGGCCCGAUGUUCAGAUUUUCCAAGACCUAUGCCUGACAAUUCAAUCUGGAAAGACUGUUGCACUUGUUGGAGAGAGUGGUAGUGGCAAAUCAACAGCGAUAGCGUUGCUGCAGAGAUUCUAUGAUCCUAACGCAGGCCAUAUACUCCUAGAUGGAGUGGACAUACAGAAGUUCCAGCUGAGGUGGCUAAGGCAACAGAUGGGGCUGGUGAGUCAAGAACCAUCCCUGUUCAACGACACGAUACGGGCAAACAUUGCCUACGGAAAGGACGGGCAAGCAACAGAAUUAGAUAUCGUGGCUGCCGCACGGUUGGCAAAUGCUCACAAGUUCAUCAGUUCACUGCAUCAGGGAUAUGACACCAUGGUCGGGGAGCGUGGGGCUCAGCUAUCAGGAGGGCAGAAGCAGCGCGUCGCCAUUGCCCGCGCCAUCAUUAAGGAUCCCAAGAUCCUUCUGCUCGACGAAGCGACAAGCGCCCUCGACGCAGAAUCCGAACGUUCAGUGCAGGACGCCCUGGACCGGGUGAUGGUGAACAGAACAACAGUGAUCGUCGCGCACCGGCUGUCCACGAUACAGGGCGCGGAUGUGAUCGCGGUGGUCAAGGAUGGGGUGAUCGUCGAGAAGGGGAGGCAUGACGCCUUGAUCAAGAUCGAGGGUGGCGCUUAUGCGUCCCUCGUCGCGCUCCAUUCAGCAGCGCCGUCGUAACACAUGGAAAGUCCAGGCAGAUAGUCUGAAUUUGUGAUAGGUGAGCAACUGAGCAUGCAAAGACUGGCAGCUUAACAAAGUUGAGGCGCCCGUUUUGGUUGUCCAGCUCCUGGUGAAAUAGACACUGCAAGGCAAAAGAUGUAUAAACUCCGUAGCAUAGCUAAGCCGGAAAGAAGACUACACAAAUACAGCAAUGUAGCAAUCCUAAGUUACACAAAUAGCAAUGUAACAAUCCUGUCUAAGUUACUACUAAUGUGAUGAACACAGAUAUUCAGUGUAACAAGCGUAAAUACUGAAUAUAGUAUAUACAUUAUAUAUAAUAACAAGAAACAUGUAGAUGAUGGUGACAUCUCCUUACCUU